AUGUUUGCCCAACGUUUGUCAUUAUUUAGGUCGUUUGCACCACCAAGAUUACCAUCCCAAAUUACACAGCCCGUAUUCAGAUCACAGCCCUUAAGAGCUGUCCAAAAUCUUCUAAGAUCCCCAACAUGGAAUACACGUUUUGUAGCAACUACAACGGGUAUACUUACUGGUAUUUCAUCACUGUAUUAUAUUAAGAAUAUUAAGAAAAGUUCAACAAUUUAUAACGAUGUGAAAUUAACCACCGAUCAAGGGACCAGUAUCCCCGUCCAAUCCUUGGUCAAGACACCGGAAGAGAUUAGAAGGAAACAAUAUAAACAACUAUGCUUGGGUUCGAUAUUCGGAAUAGUCGCGGGGGUCAUAGUAAGUAAGUUAUCAUCAAUACUCAUUGCAAUGGGAUUAUUGAGUUUAGUUUCAGUUCGGUGGCUGAUGAGGGGUAAUGUUUUGGUCAUUAAUAGACAAGUGCUCAGUAAGGAGGGGUUAAUGAAAUUGUUCAAUAUCGAUUCAAAGACUUUGAAUUCUGCUAAUAACGUCUAUUUUAAAGGUUCAUUCUUAACUUGUUUUUUAUUAGCUGCAUUCAAUGUUUAA